CCGGGUCCAGUUGGACGCCAAGAUGAUGACGUCAGUCUCCUUCCUGGCUCUGGCGGGCCCGAGAUUGAUUCCAAGAGGGCCGAAGGAAAAGCUGACUUGAGCGGAUCCAGAUUAAAUCAGGAAACCAGGGCCCACGUGGCAUCGCUCCGAUGAGAAACUGAAGCCUUCGGUCACACUUUCCAAGAGAUGUGACGAAGAGUCGUCACCCGGCAGCGAUUCGCCUCUUCCGCGUCGGGAAGGGAUUUGGCCACUGGGAGCUCCCUCCCAGCCCCGGCGAGCUCGGAACCUCCCUUUCCCGAGCGGCCCCCGGCUCGUGGACGUCCGCCGGGCUCCUUCCUCUCUCGGCUCGGGAGCCCGGGGCUCUUGGCGACGGGCGAGAUGGAAGCCUUGGAAGUGGACGACAUCAGCCCGGCCUUGGAAGUCACGGAGGACUUCUUCAGUUGUUUUGAGACGAAGCUCGAAAAAGCCGUGCAGCAGGGAGCGGUGUAUGGAAUUCAGGAAGUCCCGGAGUUGGUCGGGCAGGGCGGACUCAACGGGAUAGCGGGCGGGGACGGACCUGUCGGGACCCCUGUCACCUGGGGCCAGAGAGGCCUCGUCUGGGAACCCCGCAAGAACGGACUCUUCGAAAGCAAAACGCAGAACGCUUUCCCGGCCAAAGAACAGCCGGGAGUCCCCAGGGGAACAGCGCCAGAUCCCCUCUCCUGGAUGGAGCGGAAGGAAACGCCCACCUUCAACUUUUUCAGCAUCGGUCAGCGCCGGAAGGACAGACCUCGGUCGGUGAACGACGUGCUGAUGACCGGGGAGGAACCGGUCCCUUUCAAACCGGGACACGUCCGCUCACGGUCCGACAUCACCCAGGUGGACUGGGGCGGGAUCCUCAGAGAGACGCCCCAGCAGUGGCCGUAUAAUCAGGGGGCUCCCGCCAACAGGUCACCGUUCUUCCCUCCGUCGCUGAAGAAGAGAGAGGACGCCCAGGGAAAUACCGAACACAAAGACACGUUCCCCAACAUCCUGAAGAAAGGUUACCUGGAAGUCCGAAAAGACCAUGACAGUUACUGGCAGAGCUGUUACGCCGAACUCUCCCCGUUCCAGCUGUCCUUGUACCGCCUCGACCGCGGCGGCAACCAGAAUCCCUCCGCCACCUACCCGCUGGCCCAUUUCCAGAGCGUCACGGUCUGGGGCCACCUGGAGACGCGGGUGGUGGACACGGUCCUGGCUGACGAUUCCCAGCUGCAGUUGCGGGCCGAGUCCCCGGGCGAGGCCCUGGACUGGGGCCAGAAGCUCUGGGCGGGAGCCCGCGGGGCCGGCCCGGCCUACGGGGACCGGCCGGACGGGCUGGAGAACUCGUCGGCGUUCCUCCGGAAUGGCGACCCCGCCGUCUGGAUCCCGAGGGCUCCUGGGACCGGCUCCGAUCUCCUGCGGCCCCCGGCCCCCUCGGGCAGCUGGCGAGAGCUCCGGGACGUCCUCAAGUCGGGGACGCUGUACCGGCUGACGGACCAGAACAACUGGCAGGCGUCCGCGUUCGUGCUGAGCGGGACGCACCUCCUGGCGUUUCGGCCCGGCGGGCUGGACGAGGCCCCGCUGCUGAGCUACAGCGUCUCCGCCUGCCUGGCCGUGCACCCGGACCCCCUGGACGACCGGGACUCCUGCUUCCGGGCGGUCUUCCCCCGAGACGUCCUCCGCCUGCGGGCGGAGACGCGCCAGCGGGCGCACGAGUGGACGGAGGCCCUGAAAGCCGCCGCCAACGCCGCCCGGGGCUCGGGCCCGGACUUCCAGGUGACGCUCCGGAACCGGCCCCGAGAGCAGCCGGACGGGCCCGGGCUGAGGAAGAGCAAGCGGGAGUCGGUGACCACCAGCUUCCUCAGCAUCCUGACCACGCUGUCUCUGGAACGAGGACUCACCGCCCAGAGCUUCAAAUGUGCCGGUUGUCAACGACCCAUCGGCCUGUCCUGCGGAAGAGCCAAGGUGUGCAGUUACAGCGGAUGGUACUACUGUAACAAUUGUCACGCGGACGACAGCUUCCUCAUCCCGGCCCGCAUAGUCCACAACUGGGACACUUCCAAGUAUAAGGUAUCGAAACAGGCCAAAGAGUUUCUGGAGUAUGUGUUUGAGGAGCCCCUGAUUGACGUCCAACAGGAGAACCCGAUGCUGUACACACACGUGGAACCUCUGGCCACCGUCGUCCGCCUGAGGCAACAGCUGAAAUCUCUCCGAGCCUAUCUGUUCAGCUGCCGAGCCACCGUGGCCGAAGACCUACGCAGGCGAGUCUUCCCUAGAGAAUACCUCUUCCAGCAGAUCCAUCUGUACUCCCUUGCUGACCUACAACAGGUGAUAGAAGGAAAACUGGCUCCUUUCUUGGGGAAGGUCAUUAAAUUUGCCACCUCCCACGUGUAUAGCUGCAGCCUCUGUAGCCAAAAAGGAUUCAUCUGUGAGAUCUGUAACAACGGAGAGAUCCUCUACCCCUUUGAAGAUAUUUCUACAAGCAGGUGUGAAAGCUGCGGCGCCGUCUUCCACGCCGAGUGCAAGGUGAAAUCCGUCCCCUGCCCUCGAUGUGUCCGCCGAGAGCUGCAGAAGAAGCAGAAGUCUUUCUGGAGGAGGCUGAACAUGGACGACGCUUUCGAGGAAUCCUGCAACAUGUUUGAGCUGUCCUAUGCCAACACAUGACUGGCGGUCGGCCGAGGCGGCGGAGGGAGCCGCCCACUGAGCGAAUCGCUUUCCAAUUGCUUCUUAGCCAACCGGACGGACGCUUUAGGAAGAGGACGUCUUGGGCUCCGCCGAUCUCGUCCGACAGCUGGAGGGGCUUGAAAACCGCCAGGAGUCCAACACGUUUGGCCCAGAUGCUCAGCUGCGCCGUCUCAAGCAAAAUGUUUACAUACAGCUGCUUUUCAGCUCCUGGAUUUCUUUAGGUCCCCUCCCCCAGCCCCCCAUCGGCCACCCUUCAGGCAGAAACUUUCCCUGCCGAAGGGGUCGUUUAUGCGGGUUUUUGUUUCCCUUUGGCGGAGAGGAGCUUUGCAGCAGAACAUCUCUGUCAUCUAUCCGUAACCUGCCCCCGCGGCCGGACGGGGGGCCCGGGGGUCGAGGCGGGGGUCCCCGUCCUGGAAUUUCCUGGGCAGUCCCCCAAAUUCCGGGCUUGUCCUAGGCUCUCCCGGGAUUCUCUCCCGCCCCAUUUCCAGGUCAGCCUCUCUGGUCCUCUUUCAGUGGCCUCGCCGGGUCCCCACCGAAGGGGCCGUCACCCUGAUGGCAUAUCCCAUUCAGUGAGGCCUUGGUCCCACUCGCUAGGCCUGCCAGCAGAGCGGGUCUUCUGCCUCAAGGCCUAGCGGGAAGAGCAGCAGACACCUUUCUCAAAACAACAGCGGAGACUUUGUCACUGAGAAUGGAAGAGAUUUCCGUAAAAAACUGUUUUCAGGUCCUUUUCCUCAAGAGUAUCCCACAGGGACGGGGGCUCUGUAUGGUAAUGUAAUUUUAGAGUCUUUUUCCGUGGGAAGUGUGGUUUUCAAAGUGCCUGGGUCUUAAAAGCAGGUGUACUACUUCUAAUCAGAUUAGUCCUGACCUGGGAGGAAGUAUCCGCAUUUUACUCCCCGCUGCAUCUAAUAGCCUGGCUAAUAACGCGUUGCCCCAGGAGCGUAGGCUGUACUAAGACAAUUUCUUCCAGGAGGAUCGGCCGACCCGGCCGCUUUCUCUGGAGCGUGCUCUCUCUCGAUGUCAGGCGAGGAACGUUGGCCGCAGUCAGCCUCCGCUUCGGUCAUCCGGCAGAUCAAAUCUAUUCCGCUUUCGCGUUUGGGGAAGAGAAAAUUUGUGAGCGAGCCUCCUUCACAGUAGAGAGAGUGAGAGCCUAGUCGAACAGCCUCAGUGCAGGAUUUUCCAAGAUAGGGAUGGAAAAACAACUAAGUUAGGGAAGCAAAGCUGUUUGUGAAAAUAAAGGGAAUAAAACAAACGGAUGAAGCACUUUGCCACCGGCUCCUAAGAUGGGUUUCCCACCGCGGGGUCGUUGGAAGAGCCAGCGUAGCCUGUCCAGAGGGCCAGGUCGGCCGGUAGCGGGGGGCCCACCAGCAGGCUUCCGGCUGUUGUGUGGGCUCACUGUUCCUACGCUGGCUAAACCCAUCUACCCUGGAGCAAAAUUCCCAUUAGAUGGUGUAGCUGGGGCCCCGUCCACAGUGCGUUGAUGCCUUUACCCCCUCUGCCCCAUCCCCUUUUCGCUGCAGUUGGGGGGGGUCCCCAGAUUUCCCUCCCCCCACCUCGGGGUCAUCGCAUCUCUCCCCCGAAGGGACGGGUUGGGACAUCGCUCCUGAGACCUUCCCGCAGGUUCAUGGAUGGGGCAGCAUCCCGCCCCGCAAGCUGGCUGGGAAGACACAGCAGCUGAGAGCUUGAGAAGUUCCAGUCUGGUCAUCCCGGCGAGGCGAGAGAUAAAUCGGGUGCCUUUCGUGAGUGAGGUAGGGCAGGGACACCUGGCUGAGGAGUGGAAGCAAAUGGUACACCCAAAAGAAAAGAGGGGAAAAACACCCCCAAAGAAGCAGGUAAUUGGAUCUUCUUCCAUUGUGGAAGUGUGUGGCGAUCCUCCCGUCCCCGAGAGGGGAGCAGAACAGAGACUUUCCCCAAAGAAGCGCCCAUCCCGGGGGUCAGAUUUCCUCUCCGUCUCCAUCUUCCCAAUCGCCUUCCUCUCUCCAAUCCCUGCCCCUCGCUGUCGGCCUCCGCCACAUCUGGAGGAGCGUCUGGGAGCCAGUGCUUCAGGAAGCCGGGCCAGUUCUAAGCCCAGCGUUUCUUCCUGAAUCCUGAGUCCAGGGAGCCCCAGAGGAGAUGGCCCCGCCCCUAGUUUACACUGUUUCCCGCUUGGAAGAGCCUUGCUAAGAGGAUGUCCAAGGCCUCCCCCUUUCCUUUCCGACCCCCGUGACCCUUGGCCAUCUUCCGCCAUGUCCAUCAGUCCCCCUCCAUCUUUUUGGCUGGACAUUCAGACAGGGCUACCGGGCCAAUGGGUCUUUCACUGCCGAAGCAGGCUGGUAUAGAGGUGGCAGCCCUGGGAGUUCCUGUAGCUGGUGAAUAAUGCCAGGGAACUGGAGCAUCCAGCUUCCAAAUCACAUUACACCCAAAGUGCAUUUCUUCCUUUGGCCCUCCUCUGACUCUUGGUUUCAGCCAAGGCAAACGCAGCCAAGCAGGGUGUGUAAUGAGACGGAGAGUUAUGGUAUUGGUUAAGCACCGUAUGAAGCAGGGCAGCGAUAAAUACAGACAGAUCGGACUCGG